AUGUCUGAGUACCCAGAAUAUGUCAACGGUGAACCGCCGGUUAUAACUUUACAAGAAUAUGAUGUUGCAUCGUGGAAUAAAACAACCUGUGUUGACUCAAGACCCGAUGGAUAUGUUGUCGUCAUCAUGGAAAAACCAGAAGUAGUUGUAGCUAGAAUUGAUAAAAGUGGCGACGAGACUUUGGAUAAGAUUUUCAGAAGUGCCAAACAGUCCUACGCAGAGCAAAAUGCUAAAUAA